AUGCAACAAGAUCCUUUAAAAAUAUCUCCAAUUAAAGCUGUUCAUGAUUUAGCUCGACGAAAUAAAAUAACCGCUGAAUACCAACUUGAAAAAGAGACAGGUCCAGCUCAUGCAAAAAUUUAUACUAUACGACUUCGUUUUGGUGAAAAAGAAUAUAUCGGUAUUGAUCGAAGUAUUAAAUUAGCACAACGUUCUGCUGCACAAACAGCUCUUAAUGAACAUAAACAUUUAUCAACUUCGGAUAAUUUGAUUCAAAAAACAAACAUAUCUCAAUCUCCAGCUGUUAUUUUAAAUACUUGGGCUGCUCGUCAUCAUGUUCCUACUCAAUAUAUAUUGUUAAAUGAACAAUAUCUUACUCCACCAAUGAAUUCGUCAUGGAGUCGUCCUCGUGUAAUGUUUUUUUAUCGUCUCUAUUUUGGACAAGAUAUAUAUUUCGAUGGACAUGGUUUAUCACAUCAAGAAGCUCGAAUGAAUUGUGCACAUCAAGCAUUACGUUUUAUAAAUCAAAAUCAAAUGCCUCUUAUCAUAUCAAUACCAUCACAAGCACAAGAAAAAUCCCAAAUUUCUCUUAUGUACGAACGUGCUAAACAACUUGGACUUUCAGUUCAAAUUGUACAUGAAGAUCCAUUAAAAGUAACAUAUCGUGUUGGUGAACAAUAUUCUACAGUUGGUACUGGUCAAACAAAACAUGAAGCUAAACAAAUAGCAGCCGAAAAAAUGUUAGAAAUUUUACCAAUACCAAUUGAUAACUCACAACCAAAAACAAAACAAAAAUCAGCUCGUAAUCAUAGUAAUCAACAUAAAAAAUUUAUUGAACAAAAAGGUUCAAAUAAUUAUAGUUUAUCAGAAGAAAUCAAUCCAAUUACACGUCUUUAUCAAAUCGGACAAGCACGUGAUAUAAAAAUCGAAUUUAUUCAAUUAGAAUAUUCAUUGAAUGAUAAACAAUUUCAUUUUCAAGUUCGUUUUGGUGAAAAUGAUUUUGCUGAUGGUUAUGGAAAGAAUAAACAAGCAGCAAAACGAAUAGCAGCUGAAAAUUUACUUACAAAAUUAAAUCCUGAUAUCUAUGGAUCAAUAAAUAUAACAUUACCACCACCACCCAUCAAAGGUUUACUUAAACGUGAUGAAAAUUCUCAUAAACAACAUCAACAAGAAAAAAAACAUGUACAUUUUCUUGAAGAACAAAUCAAUGAACAUGAAAAAACUGAUUUUAAUCAUCAAUCAACAAUAACUAUUAAACAACAAUUAAUAAAUGCAUGUCAAAAAUUAAAUAUUCAUAUACAAUAUGAUGAUCAAUUAAUAACAAAUGAUGAAAAUCAAUAUCAAUCAAUAUUAAGUUUAUCAAAAGAUAAUCGUCUACUUGCACAAUUUCGUGGUCAUGGACUAUCAUUAAUACGUGCACAAGAAAAUGUAUCAACGAUAGCUUGGAAAACUCUACGACAAUUAUUUAAAAGUUUAAUAGAAAAAUCAAAAUUUAAUGAUUUAUUAAAUGAAUUUGGUUGGACAGAAGAUUGUUUAUUGAAAGAAAAAGAAACAUUAAUUCAAUGUCCAAUUGAUCGAGGACAUCGAUUUCCGACUCAUUCAAAACAUAUAAAAAAUUGUCAAUUAAUAAAAGAAGGUUUUUCAAAAGACUAUCUGAAAGAAUUAGCUGAAUAUAAACAAGAAAAACAAUUACUUAAACAAUCUGAUAUUUCUUUUACUCCAUCAAUACUUAGUCAUAUUAUUCAUCGAUCUUUACCAAUUAAAAAUGAUAUUCCUUUAAAUAUUGAACAAACAACAAUUUUGUUAACACCUAAUGAACGAUGUUUAAUUGCUCAAUCUGUACAUAAUGAAGCGAUGCGUUUAGGAAUUGUACCAUCAAUUGUACUUCCAAAUAAUGAUAAUCAUUCUAUUGAAUCAGAACAUUCGAAUCUAACUCAACAAAUAGAUAAAUUAGCUGAAUUACGUGAUCAAAAACGUCGUCGACCGAAAUAUACAACUCGAACAAAUAUGAAAUCUUUAUAUGACAGUGCUCGUGACAUGAUCGAUCAUGAAAUGACAUUAAUUAAACAAAUGCAUCAUCAAAAUGAAUCCAAUAAAGAUAAUGUAAAAAAAUCUAAACAUAAACAUCGUUCAUCAUCGAAAAAAAAACAUCGAUCUAGUCGUAGUACUAGUGAUAAACAUCAUCGACAUUCUAAAAAAAGACGAACUAGUUAA